AUGAGCCACAUCAGCCCAGCCAAGAAAUACCAUGGUCUAACCAGUCGCGCAGAACUUGCCUAUGAAAGGUACACAGUUGGGAUCGUUUGCGCUCUAGAAUUUGAGAUGAGCGCUCUGCGUUACAUGCUGGACAAAGAACAUGCGCGUUUGCCCAGAAAGCACGGCGACUCGAAUAUGUAUAUCCUGGGAGAGCUCAGUGGCCAUAAUGUGAUCCUUGCUAGCCUUCCAGGCAGCCAGGGGAAGAGCGCGGCAGCUGCGGUCGCGAAGGACAUGUCGCGCAGUUUCCCAUCGAUCGAGCUACGAUUGAUGGUCGGUAUCGGGGGAGGUGUUCCGAGCGAAAGAAAUGACAUCCGCUUGGGUGACGUUGUCGUGAGCAUGCCCGACGGCCAGCAUGGCGGUGUGGUGCAAUAUGACUUGAUCAAGAACACGGACAAUGGUAUCAUCUUGAAAGGGUUUCUUUGGCCGCCACCAGAGAUUUUGAGAAGUGCUGUUUGUAUUAUGCAAUCCGAUCAUAGAGUUUCGCAAAACAGGAUCCCUGAGUUCAUGUCGGCCAUAUUCCAGAAAGGCGACAACCUGCGUGUCGCCUACCAGCGGCCAGUAGAGCCAGAUGAGCUCUUCCAGUCGAUAUACCGACAUGUUCGCAAGCAUGAAACUUGUCAGCGCUGUGAUAAGACACGAUUGGUCCAUCGUCCGGCCCGGAGACCAAUCCCCAAAAUUCAUUAUGGGCUUAUAGCGUCUGGAGACCAAGUCGUAAAGAGCGCCUCAAAUGCGGCAGAAAUCAAUAGGAGGGUGAAUGGCGAUAUCUUGUGCUUCGAGAUGGAAGCAGCAGGUAUCGCAACGGAGUACUCUUGCAUCGCAAUCCGGGGCAUCUCCGACUAUGCAGACUCUCAUAAAAGCGACAGCUGGCAGCAUUAUGCUGCGGCUGCGGCUGCUGGGUGCGCUAAGGAACUUCUUUCCUAUGUGAGCCCACGGCAGCAUUUCACGACGACUGAAGCCUUCGGUCGUCAUGGGCCUGACUUGUUCGCCGGCCGCCGCCUAGCUGCGCAAUCCGUCUUCCGCGGUCAAGGAGUGCAAAACUCAGGAUCUGGUAAUGUAUCUGUGGGAAGAAAUUUAUAUAUCAAUAGUGGCAGGUAG